GACUUCAACAGGGUUCAAUUUUCUUUAGAUUUGUCGGUCGUAGUGUUGUUUGUUGUUGUCGGACUGACUGCGUAUUCACGGACAAGACCAUCCCCACAAGCCUAGUCCCCAUCCAUCCAAGUGUCACCCUCGAUCCAAUCACUGUGCACUGUGCUGCUAUAUGACUCAAUCUAAGGAACUGGUCUGGCUCGAACACACACGCCUUAGCAAGUCGACUCCACGCUUAUCACUCACCCCAUCCAUCCACCCUCGUAUGCACAUAGUCAUAGCCCCCACUAAUUUCCUCAUUGCCUCCCCGCUUCCGCAGCCCUUCAACCGUAGACUCCUUACUAUAAGGCUGUGCCUAGUCCUCUGCCACUUUUUCUCACAUCCACAACAAGAACAACCACCACCACACCCAACAACAACCCCUCGGACACCCCUAGGGACACCCCCAGCGAAACCCCCAGAAUGCAACCCAAAUACACCAUCCGCCCCGCCACUCCCCAGGACGCCCCGCACCUCGCGCACAUCAACAUCACCGCCUUCGAACCCACCCCCUUCUGGCGCAACCUGUUCCCCAACCUCGACCGCACCGCCACCUACCCGCUCAAGCUCGCCCGCACGCUCACCAAGCUCGUCGACGGGGGGGCAUCGCACCUCCUCGUCGCCGCGGACCCGGCCACGGGGAGGGUGGUUGGCUACGCGCGGUGGACCCUUCCCGGCCCGUCCGGCCCCCCCAGCCCGAGUCUGAGUCUCGCAGACCUCCCCCCCGAGCACGCACACCUCGUGACUACCUUCCGCCGGGACGGCGACGCCGCCCUGCCCCCCGGCACGAACCGGGCCGUCCACCGCCAUUUCUGGGGGGAACUGGACCGGCUGAAGGCGAAGUAUCUGCGGGAGGGGGAUUUCGUCCUCGAAUUCCUCGCCACGCUCCCCGAGGCGCAAGGCCAAGGCGUGGCGUCGGCCCUGCUGCGGUGGGGGCUGGCGCGGGCGGACGCGUGUAAUGCCCGCGUUUACCUCGAGGCCACGGCGGAAGGGUACCCCGUUUACCGGAAGUAUGGGUGGCGGGAUCUCGAGGUGCUGGAGCUGGAUUUCGCGGCGCUGGGCGGGCGGGCGGAGCGGCAGCGGUGGGUGGUGAUGAUGCGGGAGGGGCCCGGGGGGGAGUCACUUGGAGGGGGAGGGGGAGGGGUGGGGGUGGGGGUGAAGAAUUAA